GUGGCCAACCAUUCCCAACUAGGAUUCCAAGACGCCUCAUCACCAAUUAUAGAAGAACUCGUCGAAUUCCACGACCACGCCCUAAUCGUUGCCCUGGCUAUCUGUAGCCUAGUCCUAUACCUCCUAGCCCACAUGCUGACAGAAAAACUCUCAUCCAACGCCGUAGACGCCCAAGAAGUAGAACUGAUCUGGACAAUCCUGCCUGCUGUCGUCCUGGUACUCCUCGCCUUGCCAUCACUGCAAAUCCUCUACAUAAUGGACGAAAUUGACGAACCUGAUCUCACACUAAAAGCCAUCGGUCACCAAUGAUACUGAAGCUACGAAUAUACGGACUUCAAAGAUUUAUCAUUUGACUCUUAUAUAGUACCCACCGCAGACUUACCAAAUGGCCACUUCCGGCUACUAGAAGUUGACCACCGCGUGGUUAUUCCAAUAGAAUCCCCCAUCCGCGUAAUCAUUACCGCAGGAGAUGUGCUUCACUCCUGAGCAGUCCCAACACUCGGAGUUAAAACAGACGCAAUCCCAGGCCGACUAAACCAAACCUCAUUCAUCGCCACCCGGCCUGGAAUUUUUUACGGACAGUGCUCAGAAAUCUGCGGAGCUAACCACAGCUACAUACCCAUCGUAGUAGAAUCAACCCCACUCCCACACUUCGAAGCCUGAUCAUCCCUUCUGUCAUCAUCCUAA